AGACGUGUGAACUGUUGACGUAAAUCAUAUUUCAUUUAUUUGUAUUUUAAAAUGAUAAUUAUAUUAUUUGCUUCGUGUUUAAGUAUUGUGGCAAGUGGUAGUAUAGUGAAUAACCGUCCUAUUAUAGGUGUACUUUCACAAGAGACGUUUUCUGUUCAACACUUAUAUCGUAAUGUGAAUUAUUUGAGUUACAUUGCAGCCUCGUAUGUUAAAGAUACAGAGUCGUCAGGAGCUAGGGUUGUGCCAAUUUCGAUUGGUAAACCUCGGAGUUACUAUGAACAUAUCUUACGACAUAUUAAUGGAGUGUUAUUUCCCGGCGGCGCCACGUACUUCAACCAGAGUCAAGGCUACGCAGAUGCCGGCGAAUAUAUUUAUAAAAUAGCGCAAGAAUUGAAUGAUAAUGGAGAUUACUUCCCAAUAUUUGGAACGUGUCUGGGAUUUGAGUUAUUGAUUAUCAUUGCGUCAGGCCGAGGAGAGAAGGAGAAUAGAGUUAAAUGUCAUUCUUAUGGAAACCAACGACUUAACUUUACUGAUGAUUUUCGCACCAGCAGAAUGUUUAAAGGCGCGUCAGAUGAUAUUAUUGAAAUCCUGGCAAAUGAUUCUGUAACUGUGAACGCGCAUCAAUUCUGUAUUGUAGACGAGAAUUUAACAUCUCAUAAUCUCACACAACAUUGGCAAACAUCUUCAUACGGCAUCGACGACCAGGGAAUAAGAUUUAUAUCUAGUAUUGAGCAUAAGAGAUAUCCAUUCUAUGGGAUUCAAUUUCAUCCAGAGAAAAUUGCGUUUGAAUGGCGAGCGUCUGAAAACUACCCCCACACGUGGAACGCCGUCCGGGCAAACCGUCACUUCAUGGAUUUCUUCGUGAAUGAGAGUAGAAAGAACACGCAUUCAUUUGCGGAUGAAAUGGAGGAACAAAGACAUUUAAUUUACAAUUAUGCGCCUAAAUACAGCGGUGCAAGAGGCGGUUACUUUGAACAAAUUUACGUUUUUAAAUCGCAACGGUUAAAUAAUUAUACCUAACUACUAACAAUUUCAAACCCUUCAAUAAAUAAAGUACCAAAUCA